AAAUUAAGCCAAAGGGGACCAGGCUCUCUAAUGUGCUCUUCUUGGGGCAGGAACACAUCGACUCUCUCUUCCUUCCUUACCACAAAUGAAGGAGAAUUUUCUGGUCUUUGUCUUCCUCUAGCUACACCAAACCCCAGCUUUUCUCUUCUUUCUCCACAAAAAAUAAAAGAAAAGAAAAGAAGAUCCCAUUGGGAAAGCAAUUAAGCACCCAGAGGCCGCAACCAGCUCCAGAAGAAACAACAUUAGAGUACUCUGAAAAGAAGAGAAGUUGAAGAAAGAAAGACAAAAGUCUCUUUAUCCUUUUGUAUAUAUCUCUAUAUAGCUAGCUCCUUCCAUGUCAAACAUCUCAGGGGAUGCUGGCAGCCUCUCCUCAGGCACUACUACUGGUCCAGUAGAUGAAGUUCAGCAGAAAAUAAAUUUGCAUCAUCAUCAUCAUCAUCUUCAUCUUCAGUAUGGCUUCAAUGGAUCCAGUACUACUGAGCCUCCACCAGCUACUAAUAAGAAGAAGAGAAGUCAACCUGGAACUCCAGAUCCAAAUGCGGAGGUUAUUGCUCUGUCACCGAAAACCCUAAUGGCGACAAACCGGUUUGUGUGUGAGAUUUGCAACAAAGGAUUCCAAAGGGACCAAAACCUACAAUUGCACCGGAGAGGCCACAAUUUGCCAUGGAAGCUGAGGCAAAGGUCAAGCACCGAUAUCCGGAAGAGAGUGUACGUCUGCCCAGAGCCCUCGUGCGUCCACCACAACCCGGCCCGGGCUCUCGGCGACCUCACCGGAAUAAAGAAGCACUUCUGCCGGAAGCACGGGGAGAAGAAGUGGAAAUGUGAGAAGUGUUCCAAGAAGUAUGCAGUGCAGUCGGAUUGGAAAGCUCAUGCAAAGACUUGUGGUACUAGGGAAUACAAAUGUGACUGUGGAACCAUCUUCUCCAGAAGAGAUAGCUUCAUCACUCACAGAGCCUUCUGUGAUGCCCUAGCUGAAGAAAACCACAAAAUGAAGCAAGGAAUAAUCAUGGCCAACAUGGGACCAAACCCACAAUGCCAACCGUCAUCCGGGCUGAUGCCACUGCCGCCGUCAAUGCCUUCUAGCUCGAACAUCAACGCCAACGUACCGGCUGGGAUGCAGUGGCCGGCCGCAUGCUCACUGGGGUUCAGCCACCCAGUCGUCGACACCAAAAUCCCCCUCGGUUCCCUCUCCCAUGGACUCAUGUCAUUGCCACCAAAAACCCUAAAUCCAGCCGGACACGGCGGCCUGUUCUCCUGCCACUCCGGGACCCUUUUCGGGGCUCCGAGAAGCAACACCGGCAGCGGCUCGCCGCACAUGUCAGCCACAGCAUUGCUGCAGAAGGCGGCGCAAAUGGGUGCAACUGCAAACAGUGGAAUGGGCUCAGUACCCUUCAUGCAGAAGGGUAAUUUUGUGACUGGCAUGGCUCCAUCAACGUUCAACCCUUGCAGUCUAUAUGACCAAUCCCAGCUGCUCCCGCUCGCAGGCGGAGACACUAUGGCCGGAAUGUUCCCCAUAGUAACAUUUAACGACAUUAUCCAAAACAAUGACCUCUUGAUGAAAGACCCUAAGCAUGAUCACAUUCUGGAUGGAGACAACAGUACUACUAUGGUAUCGAACCCUCAGCCAGGAUUAAUCGGUGGGGCGGCGGCAAACGAGAGCGUUGGCGUCGGAAACCGAACAACAGUAGAUUUCUUGGGGAUUGGGGGAAUGAGGGCCAGGGCGAAUUUGAAUCAUGAGCAGAAGCAAGAAAUAGGGUUUGAAGGUGAGGUUGGGGAGUGGAGAAAUGGAAAAUCAGCAAUGGAGAUGAAACCCAUGUGGGAGGUCUGAUCGAUAAGAAAAAAGAUCAGAAUCUAGUACUGUUAAUGUUAGAUUAAAGUUGAUUAAUGUAAUAAAAGAAGGAGGUGUUAAUUUUGGGGGGCAUGCACAGAAAAUAAGCAACGUACUGAGUUAAGAUUCUUUUGACUUUAAGAUCGAAUGAUCCGUGCACAGAUUCAGUUUUACGUAGAGAUAUAUGUGUGAUUAUUCAAAAGAAUCAGAUUGGGUACUUUAAUUUUAUCAGUGUAUAUAAUUUUGAAGAAGCAAAAAUACAUAUAAUAAAGCAUUGAUC